GUGCUCAGUGCCUCAAUAGCCUUCAGAGUGAGAGGACACGCCGCCGCCUCCUCCAGCAGUGCUACUCGCGGUUGUCACUCGAGUUCUCAGUGCCACGCGGUUCAGUGCCUUUGCUCAGAGUGGAUUUAUGAGUGCCAGAAGAUGCCUUGCGCGGUGUCUUGAGCCCUGAGCCUUGUGCGGGACGAGAGAAGAGCUGCUAUUUAGUGUGCGUUUAUAAGUGUGUGUCAGUGUGAGUGUGUGUUAACUAGUGUGUGCGUGUGUGUGUGUGUGUGUGUGUGUGUGUGUGUGUGUUUUCUGAGGCAUUAGACGAAGAAAAACUGUAUUAGAUAAACUUGUGCGUGUGUUAAGUCUGUGUGUGUGUGUGUGUGUGUGUGUGUGUGUGUGUGCGUCACCACCGUCACCACCAUGUCACCACCACGAGAGGGCCGUCAGGAGGGGGUGGUGGUGCUGCUGAUGGCGAUGAUCCUCCUCCUCCUCCCCUCCUUCGCCGCCCCCCAGACUGGACUCAACGAAGAGAGUCUUGUUGGGCGGUCGAGAGCGUUCCACGACCAGAGAUUACAGCGUGCGAGAGACCAGUUGCAGCAGCGUCGCGUGGACUGCACCGUAUCCUGUACGCACCGAUCUCGCGGCCCCGUCUGCGGCACCAACGGACGAACCUACAGGAGCAUGUGUGACCUCGAGACGGACAUCUGCAGGAAGGUCAGGGUGGUCCUCAAGCACGACGGAGAGUGUUCGUUGGAGGAGAAAUGCAUGGACGAGCGGCGGUCCAAGCAGGAGGAGAUGGCCAACGGGGAGAACGUCUACGUGCCAACCUGCCUCAAGGACGGGUCUUACGCGCCAGUUCAGUGCCACAACUUCACGCUCCACUGCUGGUGCUCUCGCCUGGACGGGAAGCCGAUACCGGAGACCAUACAGUACAACGCCACGCCGGAAUGCCCUGAGCGCUGUACGGGGAAGUCACGACGGACCUUCAUCACCAAGUUGAGUCUGCAUAUGGUCAAGGAAUACCAGCGGGAGAUGAAUACGAGGAAACUAUCUGAACGCCGGCUACUCAAACGGGCGCUCAAGUGGAAGUUCUCGCGGCUGGACCGGAACCGUGACCAGAAGCUGCGGCGGAGGGAGUACAAGCGGCUGAGGAAGACCGUAAGGAAGUUCAUCAAGCCGAAGAAGUGCGCCAAGAUGUUCCCGAAGCUGUGCGACGCCGACGGGGACAAGAGCCUGACGGAGAAGGAGUGGGUGACUUGCUUCACUAAUCCAGGCGGCAAAGACCGGACCUCAAACAACAGGUGCUCAAGUCCACCUUGUAGAAACAGGGCCACAACUCCGAAACCCUCCCUCCCGUCGUGCGAGCGGAACAGGCAGGGCGCGCUGGAAGCCGAACACUCCAGCAACAUUUCCAUCCCUGUGCUCAAAUGUCAAUCCAACGGACGAUACCAGCCCGUGCAGUGCUUGAAAGAUAUCUGCAUUUGCGUGGACGAGUGGACGGGAAACAGCCUAGACGGAACGGGGGUGAGGAACGGAACACCAGACUGCUCACGACCCAUGCCCCACGCGCGGAUCUGGCCAGGCUGCACCGGGGAGACCAAGACCAAAUUUAUGCAGGACCUCAACAAGUUCCUCUUCAGCAAGGUGGAGGGCGGGAACAGGAACGCCGGGGCCUCCUCACAAUCGGUCCCGGACUUCGCCGCGCGCUACCACUUCACCAGCCUGGACACCAACAACAGCACCUACUUGGAGGGCCGCGAGAAGAAGAUGGUGAAGAGACACUUUAAAUCUAACCCAAAACUUCGACGGUGCGGCAGGAAAAUGACAACGUACUGUGACGUCAACUACGACAAACGCAUCUCGCUGGAGGAGUGGGUCGCCUGCGUCACCAUCCAGCCCAACGAUACGGGUAACAGUGCCGCAGGGGACAGUGGCCGCAGGAUCGAGGAGAACCCCAUCCUGAGGUACCUGGUGUCGGAGGAGGACGGGGAGGUGUUUGGCAAAAGUAGGAGUCAGUAGACGCAACACGUGCCUGGCGCCCUGACCGUCAAGGCGAGGCAGUAUGGAGACCCGAUCCUCAGAACCCCUUCGAGACCAUCCUCAAACCUGAAGUAUGAAGACGAGGAGGAGGAGGAGGAGGAGGAAGAGGAGGAGGAGGUGAAGACGAAGGAAUAAGAGAGAGUAGGAGGAGACGAUGAAGACGAGGAAAACUAUGGAAGCGUCAGAAGGAGUAAAAUAGGAGAGGAAAAGAAGGAAGAAAAAGGAAAACUAUUAGAAAAAGGAGUAAGGAGGAGGAGGAGGAAAGCGUCAGAAGGAGUAAAAUAGAAGAGGAAGAGAAGGAAGAAGAAGGAGUAAGAGGAGGAAGAGGAAGAGGAAGAGAAUGUAAGUAAGUAGGUAUCACUAGAGAAGAAGGAAGAGGAGGAAGAAGAAGAGGAGGAGGGUAAGAGGAAAUGACUCAGGGGAAAACAGAAGAGGAGGAGGAGGAAGAGGAGGAGGAAGGAGAAUUAAGAAGAGCCUCAGGGACACAGAACAAGAGGAGAAGAAAAAGAGGAAAAGAAAGAACAGAGAGGAAGAAAAAGAAGAAAAGACCAGAGAAAGAAUAUACAUUGUCACACAGAAGAAGAAAAAGAGUUUGCGAAGAAAAGAAGAAAAUUACCUUAGCGAGUUAGAAGGAAGACUCAAAACCUCACUAGACCGUUCCCAUAAGACUCUGCAAGCUCGGACAUUGUAAUAUACCUCGUGUGCGCUAAGCUAAUGGACAGACUGCAAGCUUGGAAGGUGUUAUAUGCCUCGUGCGAGCUAUACUGAUGAUGGAAAGACUCUGUAACCUUGGAAACUAUAAUAUACCUUGAUGGUGAGACUCUGCAAGCUCGGACAUUGUAAUAUACCUUGUGUGUGCUGAACUAAUGGACAGACUGUAAGCUUGGAAGGUGUUAUAUGCCUCGUGCGUGCUAGACUGAUGGUGGAAAGACUCUGCAAGCUUGGACAUUGUAACCUAACGUGCGUGCGCUAUACUGAGAACUCUUGAAUACCCCGAAAUCAGUAAGCACUCGAGUUGAUUCAAGACUUUAUAGGAGCAUUGUGUGUGUGUGUGUGUUACGGACUAUAUGACCUGGAAAACGCAUAUACUUGUGUGAAAACGAUAUUGAAGUUGGAAAGCAGAGACGGGAAUGGUCAAAAGAGAGAGUAGAAGGGAAAGAUUGUGUGCAUUGGAUAUUAUACUCAUUAGAAGACAAUGGAGAAGGUGGGUAAGGCAUUGUGAGUGUGUGUGUUUGGGUGUUAACAGAGGACCUUUAUAGUAUGCCCUGGAAAGUGUAAAAGAAUUGGAUAUGUUAACUGAGGACUCUAAAAUGAUGCCCUGGAAAAAUGUGUGCAUUGGGCAAUAUAUACUCGUGUGUGUGUGUGUGUGUGUGUGUGUGUGUGUGUGUGUAACUGGUAGUAUCUUCACACACACACACACACACACACACACACACACACACACACACACACACACACACACACAGAUAUACCAACAAGUGAACGAAAUAAAAAAAAUGUGCUAAGCUAUAAAAAAAAGCAAAGAAAAACAACAAAAAAAACUAUAACAGGAACACUACAUUAUAUUUUACUAUUUAUUGAUGGUCUAACGAAUAACUUUGUCCUAUAAGUAAUGUGUAGUAGCUUAGUAGUAGUGCAUAAGUAGUACCGUACUUUUUGACAUUAUACACAUACGUAGACAAGGGAAGGUUUGCAGGAGGUGAUGGUGGUGAUGAUAGUGGUGGUGAUGGUGGUGAUGAAGGCGGUGUUAGUAAAGUGUGAUGGUGAUGAUAGUGGUGUUAGUAUAGUGCGUUGGUGCUUUUUGAAGUGGUGAUGAUGGUGGUGAUGGUGAUGAAAAUAUUAGUAAAGGGCGGUGGUGCUUUUUGAAAUGGUGGUGAUGGUGAUGAUAGCGGUGUUGGUAUAGUGCGGUGGUGCUUUUUGAAGUGGUGAUGAUGGUGGUGAUGAUGAUGGUGUUAGUGGUGGUGAUGGUGAUGGUUUUAGUGGUGGUGAUGAUAGUGGUGUUAGUGAGCGUAGAUGCCAAUGUGUUAGCGAUGGUGAUGAUGACAAAUGAUGAUGAUGAUGAUGGGGGUGAUGAUGGGAUGUAUCUUGAACGUGAACUGGUUGUUUUAUUUUAUGGGGCGACUGUCUUAAAUCGGCGUUACUAGACGUUUUUUCUUGUCUUAAAUCGGAGUUAGUAAACGUUUUUUCUUGUCUUAAAUCGGAGUUAGUAAACGUUUUUUUCUCUUGUCUUAAAUCGGAGUUAGUAAACGUUUUUUUCUCUUGUCUUAAAUCGGAGUUAGUAAACGUUUUUCUUCUGUCUAAAAUCGGAGUUAGUAAACGUUUUUUCUUGUCUUAAAUCGGAGUUAGUUAACGUUUUUCCUUCUGUCUUAAAUCGGAAUUAGUAAACGUUUUUUCUUCUGUCCUAAAUCGGAGUUAGUAAACGUUUUUCCUUCUGUCUUAAAUCGGAGUCAGUAAACGUUUUUUCUUCUGUCUUAAAUUGGAGAUAGUAAACGUUAUAUAUUCUGUCUUAAAUCGGAGUUAGUAAACGUUUUUCUUGUCUUAAAUCGGAGUUAGUAAACGUUUUUUUUUUUCUUCAGUCUUAAAUCGGAGUUAGUAAACGUUUUUUUUCUGUCUUAAAUCGGAGUUAGUAUACGUUUUUAUCUCUACCAUUUUUUCUCCUUUUCUUCUCUGAGCAAUAUAUUUUUUCUUCUCUUCUUUUCUCAACCAAUGUUUUUUUAUUCUUUUCUCAGUCAGUGUUAUUCCUUUUAUAAACGAAUGUAUUUUUUUAAUAUUUUUCUUCCUUUCUCAGUCAAUCUUUUUUCUUUUGAGACACUGGGUAACGUGGUGAGUGUUGGUGUUUUAAUUAAUUGUAUAUGUUUAAUUAUUAUAUACGUGUUUUUUUUAAUAUUUUCUGGAUGAUAUAUAUAACUGCAUUGCGUGUGUGUGUGUGUGUGUGUGUGUGUGUGUGUGUGUGUGUGUGUGUGUGUGUGUGUGUGUGUGUGUGUGUUAUUAUGUAUAGAAAUAAGUAUAUAUAUUAAAUCUUAUCUCAUUAAUAUUAUCUCAUUAUUAUUAGUUGUAGUAAAGUUGCUCAGUUGUAAGAUUAAUAACUGUAUAAAUAUAGAUCAUUACUAUUAUAUUUUACUUUAUUUUAUUUUAUUUUUAUGUAUUUUUUAUGUGUGUGUGCGUGUGUGUGUGCGUGUGUGUGUGUGUGUGUGUGUGUGUGUGUGUGUGUGUGUGUGUGUUCUCUCAUAGCUUUAUCAUAAUUACUUGUAUGUUGUAUGUUGUAUUUUAAUCGUAUGUGUGUUUGUAUGUAUGUAUGUAUGAAUGUAUGUAGCCUAUGUAUGUAUGUAUGUAUGUAUGUAUUUCAAUUCCUUAUACUCUCUUCAUGGCCAUAGUAACUUUAUAUAUAGUCGUAUGUAUGUAUGAAAACCUAUUAUUAUUAUUAUUAUUAUUAUUAUUAUUAUUAUUAUUAUUAUUAUUAUUAUUAUUAUUAUUAUUAUUAUUAUUAUUAUUAUUAUUAUUAUUAUUAUUAUUAUUAUUAUUAUUAUUAUUAUUACUCUUAUUAUCGUUUGAGCCAAGGGUAGUACAUAUAUAAUUACAGUUUACGUAUAAUUAUAGUUUUGUAAUGAGUGUGUUUACGUCCUGCCAUUAGCCCGCUAAGUCUCAUUACUGUGCCAGUUUACAUAGACGAAAAGAUAAUGAUUAAUGCAAUGUUUUGAUAAUA